AUGGAUACAACAAAUGAAGUCUGUAAAAUAGAGAGCAUAUUAGAUAAGAUAUUACCAGAAAAAGAUUUAAACUUAGUAACUUUAAAGAGUGUUAGGAAGGAUGUAGCUGAUCAUUUAAAUGUAGAUGAAUCUUAUUUUUCUGAAAAUAAGGAAAAAAAAGAUUUACUAAAAAAAAUUUUAAAGGAAAAAAUUUUAAAAUUAUAUAACCAACAACAGAAUGAAGAAGCCGAUGAAAAAAAAGAAAAAGAUAAAGAUGAAGAUGAAGAAAUUAAAAAAUAUACAUUAAAGAAUAAUAUCAAAAAAAAAAAAGUUAUUGAAAGUAAUGAGGAAAGUUGUGAAGACAUUAAGGGAGAUUCAAGGGAAAGUGAAGAAUUGUAUGAAGAUGAAUCAGAAAGUGAUAAAUCAGUAAAGGUAAAAAAGAAAAAAAAAAGAGAAAUAAAUUCAGAUGAAAAUAAACCUCUAAAAAAAAAAAGAAAAGAAGAAAUAGAUUCUGGAGAUGAUUUAACAAAAAAAAAGAAAAAAAGAAGUUUUAGUAAUAAUAGUAAACAAAAAAAUGCUCAUACAACUAAAAAGGAGAAAUUAAGAAAAAUUGUAUUAGAUUUAAAAAUAGGCCCCACUAUAUUUAAAGAUUUAAAUAAAGAAAAUGAAGAAGAAUAUAAUAAAAAACUUGAACAACGAAUAAUUGAAUUUUGUGAAAAAAAGCAAAUAUGUUCAGAACAAAACAGAUUACCUAAUCCAGCUGAAAUACAUGAGUAUAGAAAAAAAAAGAAAUUAAAAGAGGAAUUAGAUGGUAUUGAUCCUUCUAAUAUUAUUGAUUCUACUACAAGACCCAGAAGAAGAAACCAAAAUAUAUAUGUAAGUCAAAAGUUUUCCGAAAGUGAUGAAGAAGAUGAUGAAGAUGAUGAAGAAAAUGAAGAUGAUGAUGAAGCUGUAGUAGAAGGUGAAGAAGAUGAAACUGUAGAUGAAAGUUUAACUGAAAAGGGAAAAAAUUUAAAAAAAAAAAACAAAAGGAAAAAGGAAAAUAAUGAUGAACAAGACGAAGAAGAAGAGGAUGAAGAAGAGGAUGAAGAAGAUGAAGAGGAAGAUGAAGAGGAAGAUGAAGAUGAAGAAGAAGAGGAAGAAAAAGAAGAAGAUGAUGAAGAAGAAGAUGAUGAUGAUGAAGAAGAGGUAGAAGAGGAAGGAGAUGAAGAAGAUGAUUAA